AAAACACUUUGCAUCAACCACACACCUCGGCUCAACGCACAAACCAUGCCGCGCCGCAUACCGCUCGAAGUGUGCAUCGACUCGCUCGACUCGGCCAAUGCCGCCGCGCCGCUCCUCUCCCCAGGCGACAGGUUCGAGGUGUGCUCGAGUCUCCUCGCCGGCGGCGGCUUGACGCCCAGCAUCGGGCUGGUGCUAGUGCUCAAGGAGCUGUAUCCCGACAUUGCGCUGUUUGUCAUGAUCCGUCCGCGUCCCGGCUCGUUUGUCUACACUCACGCCGAGGUCGAGAUCAUGGCCGCGGACAUCAAGGCGUUCCGCUCGGCGGGCGUAGACGGUAUCGUCGUUGGCUGCCUCCACCCCGACGGCGAGGUGGACAUCGAGACGACCCAGCUGUUGGCCGACGUCGCUGAGCCUCUGCCAGUAACGUUCCACCGCGCAUUCGACGUCACGCCAGACUGGCAGCGAGCUGCCGACGACAUCUCGUCCAUCCGCGGCAUCACGCGCAUCCUCACCAGCGGCCACUCUGCAACUGCCAUCCAGGGCGCAGCCGAGCUCGACGAACUCUUCCGCUACGUCCCACGGCACAUCACCGUCAUCCCCGCGUCCGGCCUGAAUGCCGACACGCUCGCCGAGCUGUGGCGCCGCGCGCCGCUGAUAUCCGAGGCCCACCUCUCCGCCAGCGCGCCAUAUAACCCCGGUCCGACGCCGACCCUCGCGCGCGGCGUCGCCCUCGGCUUUGGAUCCGGCGACGAGUGGCGCUUGAAUCCCCACAAGCUCGAGGCGGUUGUCGACCUCGCGGAGCGCUACGCCGAGCGCCACGCGCCAUAACACUGUGUUCAGACGUUGCAUUUUGGGCCAGCGCCGUGGUAAUACUAGUGUACAAUGACAACAUUAUGCAGGGGUUUUUGGAUUUGGGGUGGAUCAUGCGAUGAUGGAGAGAAAAGUGGUCUAUGAGAAGGUCGGCUUCUUGGGAAGCGACGCGAGCCCGCGCUGGAAUGCCGCACUUUGGAACGGCUCGGUCCGUGCGCCACCUGCACGGCUGCUGCUCGUGUCGGGUGCCGAGCGUGGGGGAGGGGAAGUAGAUGUAGAUUUGGGUGGUGCAGCGCCGUCCGUGUCCGGCUUGUCCGGGUUAUCGGCCGGAAGUCGUGCAUCGUCUGGCAGAGGGCUCGGCUCCGCACUAGUCUCCGCACUCGCCCCCGCGCUCGCAGACGCCGCAGCCUCAGCGCCGAGGGCGAGCUCGCGCUGGAUCUCAGCUUCGAGGGCUUCGGCCUCGGCGCGCUCUGGCGUCGGUGAGCGUCCCGGGCGCUGGGCCAUGGUCGCGAGCUUGGCCUCCAUGGCUGCGAUCUGGGCCGCGGCACUCUGAGGCCGUUGCCGCGACUUGAGCAGCGACAACGUCGUUGGCUUCGCCGCCUCGCCGACUCUCCGGCUCUUGGGGUACGCCAAGUCCUCUGGCGGCGCGGCGUUGGCGUACGUGACCACGAGCUUGCGUCCGCGGAGGAGCCGGUCAUGCAGCUUGACGAGGGCUUUGAGGGCCGCCUCCUGCGAGGCAAACUCGAUGAACGCAUACCCCCGCGGCUUGCCCUUGAGCGGGCCCGACUUGUGGAUCAUGAGAUCGAGCUUUGUGAUCUUUCCAAACUUGGAGAAGACCUGCACGAGCGUGUACUCGUCGACCGCGGGCGCGAGGUUGCCGACGAACAGGCGCUCGGGCUUGCCUGAUCCCGAUGCGGCGGGCUGUGAUGCCGACGCCGACGCCGACGGCCGCGACAACGACGACGAGGGCAGGGACAUGGUGGUGGUGGGGAUGUUGUUU